AAAAACGUCAGAGUGAGAGCUCUUACUUUGGCCCUGCAGUAGAGGAUCUAAGGAAAAAUGUCUCCGUUUUCAAAGUCGCUGAGGUUAUCGCAACGUGUAGCGGCAGCGUGUUUACGACAACACUCCUCUCUUACAAAUGACCUCAUUAAUAACAUGGACAAGAAAGCAACAUGGGACCGCUUCUACACGGAGAACAGCAGCAAGACUACCGCCUUCAAAAACUUUGAGUGGUUCUUCGGGUUCGACGCCGUCCGUGACUUAAUUUUGCCCCUCUUGCAGACCAAGUCCAACCCUGAUGCCCUUCUCCAAAUCCUGGAUAUGGGCUGUGGCACCUCAGCUCUCGGGCCCUGUGUUUACAAACACUCUCCUGUACCAGUCCGGGUCACUUGUGCUGACAUUUCCCCGAUAGCUGUGAGACUAAUGCAGGAGCACGUCCGAUCUAAAGCCAUUGAACCUCACAGUCUCUCCUCUCAGCUUGAGUUUAUAGAGCUGGACUGCACACAGCUUCACAAACACUUUGGUCCCGGCAGUGUGGAUCUUAUCGUCGACAAGGGCACCACGGAUGCCUUGUUGAGGUCUAAGGAAGGGAAGGGGAAGGCAGGACUGGUGCUGAAGGAGUGUUUGGAGGUGUUGCGGAGCUCAGGAUCUCUGCUCCAGUUCUCGGACGAGGACCCUGAUGCCCGGCUGCCGUGGCUGGAGACUGAAGCGCUGCAGGAGCACGGUGUGAAGGCAGCAGACGUUGGGGUGCAGGAGGUUGGAGAGCUUAGGGGAGUGGUUUACUACUGCUACCAAGUAACUCCUCGGCCUGUUGUAAAGCAGUAACUUUCUGCUUUCCUCAUAGUUUGAAUUGAAUAAAUUAUUCAACACAACUGCAUAAAAAGAUCUUCGUUUUUAUCCCCUACUCAAUCAUUCUUCAUUGAUGUUAGUUUUUAAUAUCUUUUGUAAAUCUCCCACAAAAUGUACAAGCUCAAAAACCAGAAUGAGAGGUUUAAACUUGUUACAAAAACAGGUUUUCUUUUAAUUGCAGUAAAUAUAGAAAUAUAAUUAAAAAAAGGAAUAAUAAGAAGUAAAUAGUCAAACUUACUGCUGAGGAAAAUUGAC